GGUUAACAGCACCCUGCUAACCUGGUCCUUUGCCUUCUGCAUUGCUUGUCAUCCUGCAUCUGCAUGUUGUUGGGGCAGGAAUCCCCAGUGGGAAAGGACGGGGAGUGGUUGCAGGUAAGGAUUUAAGAUGUUCCCUCUGUGCCUCCUGCCACGCGUGAGGUGUCUGAGCCCUUAGCUGUGCUGUGUGCUGUUUCUCCUGUUUGCUGUUUGGGGCUAGUUGCUAGUCUGUGAUCUCUACUGCCAUGCUCUCCUGCUCUUGAAUUCAUCUUUUCCUAAACAAUCUACAGGACAUGGCGGGCUGUCAGCAGUUUCACACAAUAGACCAACUUAGGAGGUGAUCCCUGUGGAUUUUAGGAGCUCUUAAUGCUCAUAAAAGGGCUGGCUUAAUCAGAGCUGUAACUUGCAAUAAAUGGCUUAGCCGGACCAGGAGUGCAUCAGUCACAGUUAUAAAAUGAGGGGAAAAAGAGAAGCAUGAAUGAACGACAUGACAUCCUCGUGGCUUCCAAACUGCUGACCCUGGCUUGCUUGUGUACUACCUUUCUGCUGGCGAGACAGCUUGCUCUUUGCUGGCUUUUACUGGGGGGACUGGGUGUACCUGACACCUGGUCUUCCAAGGGCUCUGACAGCACCCAGAAGCUUGGCUUGUGCGAGCAGCAUCUGUUCUCCCUGCUUUUAAAGGUUGAAGUGGAGCUGAUUGUCCUUUGGGCAGGAGGGUGGGCUAGGCAGAUGCUCUUUCGAGUGCCUGGGAAAAGCAAGGAGAGCUCAGCCCUAAGCUUUCAUUUUGUGCUGUGUGUGUAUUAGUUCUUGAUAGCACCUCCUGGACAGGCAGCACUGGGUCCCGCUGUGCUCUUCUCCUCCAGGAGCCAGCACAGUUCCAGGCACUUGGCUAUAAAUACCUCUGAAGCAGGGACAGCGAAGUGGAGACCUUUCACAACCCCUUGUGCCUGGCAGCUCAUUGCUCCCAGCUGAAAGCGAUGUGAGCUGCCCAUCAGCAAACCUAUUAAUCCUCAGCUCUUGGAGAAGCAGGAGGACUGAUAACUUGGUGAAAACCAACUGCCUGUGGCCUACAGCAGCUUGCUGGAUCAUUUUGGCAUGAUGACAAUGACAGUGGUGAUGUUGUAAGCUCCAGGUACGCUGCAGGGACUACGUGUGAAAGCCCCAUGUGAUGGGAGCAGGAUCUUCGAGCAACACCCUCAUCCCUCUGUGCCUAAGCAUGACCUGAGCUCUGUGGAGAUGUGAGAGGUGCUACUUGCUGUCCAAGCCUUUUGAUAUGUUCUAGAGCCACCUGAAUCCAGCCCAGCAGCAAGCAGCUGGCUCUCUUGCUAAGAGAGCCCCCCGUGCUGUAGUGCAACUCUGCCUUUGAAUGUAUGCAGUAUCUCCUUGAUCAUCCUCUAAGCCCUUGCUGCAGGGUCUCAUGAUGCCCAGCAGAGGCUUCAGUUUUGAAGUCAAAGAGAGGAGAUUUCAGGUUAGAGGUUAGGGGGAAAUUUUUGACCUGGAGUGGGGAGGUGCUGGCACAGACUGCCCAGAGAGGUUGUGGAUGCCCCAUCCCUGGAAGUGCUCAAGGCCAGGUUGGGUGCAGCCUGAACUUUUAGGUGGCAACCAGCCCACAGCAGGGGGUUGGAGCUGGGUGGACUUUAAGGUCCCUUCCAACCCAAGCCAUUUUGGGAUUCAGGGUGCCAACCCCGACAAACAUCCUCGAGCAGGAGGAACUGUGUUUCCUUAGUGUGGUUUUCACUGUGGUCAGCAAUCGGUGGUGGAUGUUGUAAUGAGGAGUCCAGACUGGGAAUGAUGGUUUAGUGGCUUUGUCUUUCUUUUUCUGGAGCGUGGUGGUGUUCAGAGGGCAAAUAGCACUGAAACCUUGUGGGCUUUUGUAGAGAAGUGAGUAAUGAUAAUGAGACACUUCUUCCUGUAUCUGCUAAUGAGGAAUGUGCCUUAGGCUUGUGCUUAAUUAGAGGGUGCUGUCUCAAGCAGUCUUCACAAUAACGGAGCUGAUGGCAAAGGCGGGAGGAGGUUGUUUAUAGAAAUCUGCUCCAAGUGAGUCAUUCUCACGGCGUGAAAUCUCUCCUUGGACACAUCUCACUCCUUGCAGGGAUGUGUGGCUCCGUGCUGUAUGGGGCUGAUUCCCAGGGCCUGGGCUGCCCGGCCACAGUGCUGGAGGCAGCGGGUGGCAGCGAAAAUCCAGCGUCCUGUCAUCAUAUAAUCCCCGGGGUGAACAUAUGGAGCGGCAGCUUAAAUCCACUUUGUUUUCUCAUCCUUGUUAGGAGGCUGCUGGGCAAUCUCCCUGCUUUGGGUAGGAACCAUCUAAUUUCCAGCUCAAUGUCAUUCAUGUUUUAUUUUUUCCUCAAACCGGCGUUGAUCUUUCAUUUAAGCAGCUCUUCCCCCUCCUUGAUGUUCCUCUUCUGAUGUAUUUAUGUCUGAUAUAUUUAUAGAUGGCAGCGUUAUCCCUUCCCAGCCGUUGUUUGGUAUCUCUGGGGUAGAUGCACUCCUUGCAUUUCUCCCGUGCUUGCUCCCUGCUCAUCCCAGCUGCGUUUUGGUUGCAACUUGUCGGCUUCAAUCAUGGGAGCCUGAGCCCAGCCCAGCACCCCUUCAAACCACAGCAGAAAUAAAAUCACAAAACCGUAGAGUAGCUUGAGUUGGAAGGGAUCUUAAAGCCUGUCCAGCCCCAACCCUUCCAUGGGCUGGUUGCCCCCCACUAGAUCAGGCUGCCCAGGGCCACAUCCAGCCUGAUGUUGGGCACCCCCGGGGAUGGUGCAUCCACAGCUUCCUUGGGCAGCAGUGCCAGGGCCUCACCGCCCUCUGAAUGAAACAUUUCCUCCUGACAUCUAUCCUAAAUCUCCCAUCUUUUCAUUUAAAACCAUUCCCCCUUAUCCCAACACUAUCUGCCUGUGUAAAAAGGCAGUCUUCUCUUGUUUAUAAGCUCCCUUUAAGUACUGGAAGGCAACAAGGAGGUCUGCUCAGAGCCAAAUCCUCCAGAUUGAACAAGCCUAGCUGCCUCAGCCUGUCUUUGUAAGAGAGCUGCUCCAGCCCCCUGAUAUAGUGCUAUAUUUCAGUGUUUUCAAUUGUCUUGUUGAUGAGAGAGAGGUCACGAAGCCACGGAGCAGCUUUUUUACCUGGGAUGCAUUGCCACACUUUGUGUGAAAUCUGUUGCUGAGAAUGAGAUCCGUUCUCUGAAGGUUUGCUGCCUUCUUUCCUGCCAGCCCAGCAGUCUGCCAGCCCUGGGUCUUUUCUGUGUGUGUCUGGAGCUGCUUUUUUUGCCACGGGGCACAGGUUGGCAAUGGGACCAGGGUGGGCAUCUCCCACAUGGCAAAGCACCCUUGUAGGAGCAGCCAAGUCUUAGAAAAAUGCAGUAGUCUGUGAGAAAGCGUCAGAGUUCUGAAAGUGUCAGGACAUGCUGGCGGAGUGAGGAGGCAUCGAGGCUCAGUUCUCUCUGUUCUCAGCUGCUUUUUGCAAGCUUUGGCCCUGCCACAGGCUUCAGGAUGAGAAUGGACACGGAGAGGGCAUCUGCUUGCAGCUGGCAGAUGUGAACGCUGUGCCACUUGUGGUGUCACCAGGCGGGGUGGCACCAUGCAGAGACAUCUGUCCCCCGAGGACAGAGAUGUGUGGGGCUCGCUGUGCCUGGCAGCUGCCUGGGAACGCUGCCAGCCACCUCUGUCCAAGGCGUGCCAUUUCCUUCCUUUAUUUUGUGACUCUUCUCAGCCAUGGGGUACUUGGGGCUGCUUUCCCAGGAGCUGCUGUGAAGAGCCCCGUUACUGCUCCUCGCUCUACAUCCCGCCCUCGCCUCCGGCUGCACGUGGAGUUGCCAUGAGCUAAAAAAAAAAAAAAACACUUUGUGCUCUGCCUGGUACAGAGGUUUCUUAUGUAACAGCCCUGCAUUUUUCUGGUGAGUAAGAGGAGUUGAUCAGUCAGAGCUGGUCCCUGUGCUCUGGGAACAGUUCCUGGCAGGGCUGAUCCAUCUCCUUCACUCAUACAGAGCCAGCCUUUGCAGCUGACGUUAUUAAUAGCCUUGUACAGUGAGUGCAUGCUGAUUGCAGUGCCUGUCCCUCAGUGCCAAGUGGCAUGCUGGGAUGGGUAAGCUGGCUUUGCUGGCUGCAGAGGCACCGGUGGGCCUUCUACCUGCUGUCCAGCAGCAAAUGUGGAAAGCAAGAAGAGAGGAAAGCCUGCCCAUAGGGUCAGAGUGAGGAAGGAGAUGCUAUGUGGCGUGGCGAUAAGCACCCUGGCAGAUGCUACAUGGACAGAUAACUCCUUGGUGAUAAGUUAGAUCCUCCCAGCUGGAGGAUGAACCCAGCAGUCCUAAAACCCUGGCUCAGAGCCUUUGUGCUGCCCUGGACAGCUUGCUUCAACGGUAUGGGAUUGCUCAGUGCAACUGCAGAGCUUUGUGUUGUGCCGCUGGAAGUGACUGGCACCAGCAUCACACUGUAAUGCAGCAUCUCUGUCUGGCAGAAGGGGUCCUCCAUGCAGUGUGAGCACGAGCCCAUAGCAGGAGACAUCCUGCUUGGAGGACAGUUUGUGAAGUUUGCCAACAUCGAGGAGGACACCCCAUCUUAUCACCGCAGCUAUGACUUCUUUGUCUCCCGCUUCAGUGAGAUGUGCCACUCUAGCCACGAUGACCUGGAGAUCCGGACAAAGAUCCGGAUGUCUGGCAUUAAAGGCCUGCAAGGGGUAGUGAGGAAGACGGUGAAUGACGAACUUCAAGCCAACAUCUGGGACCCACAGCACAUGGACAAAAUUGUGCCCUCGCUUCUCUUCAACUUACAGCACGUGGAGGAGACUGAAAGCCGCUCCCCCUCCCCACUGCAAGCUACUGAGAAGGAGAAGGAGAGUCCCACGGAGCUGGCAGAGAGGUGUCUGCGGGAGCUGCUGGGCCGGGCGGCGUACGGCAACAUCAAGAACGCCAUCACACCUGUCCUCAUCCAUCUGGAUAACCACUCGCUCUGGGAGCCGAAGAUCUUUGCCACCCGCUGCUUCAGGAUCAUCAUGUACUCAAUCCAGCCACAGCACUCCCAUCUUGUGAUCCAGCAGCUUCUUGGCCACCUGGAUGCCAACAGCAAGAGCGCAGCCACCGUGCGUGCGGGCAUUGUGGAGGUCCUCUCAGAAGCAGCGGUGAUUGCAGCCUCCGGAUCUGUUGGCCCCACGGUGCUGGAGGUGUUUAACACCUUGCUGAGGCAGCUGCGGCUCAGCAUUGACUAUGCGCUGACGGGGAGUUACAACUGCAUCACCGGUGUCAGCACCAAGAUCAUCAAAGAGCAUGAGGAGAGGAUGUUCCAGGAGGCUGUCAUUAAAACCAUAGGGUCCUUUGCCAGCACACUGCCCACUUACCAACAGUCUGAGGUGAUGGCCUUCAUCAUGAACAAGGUGCCUCUACCAUCCUCGCAGCAGUCCAUUGAGGCUGGCAAAGCUGGGGAGAACCGAAAUAGGCUGACACAGAUCAUGCUCCUCAAGUCCCUGCUACAGGUCUCCGUGGGCUUCCAGUGCAGUAACAUGCUCACAGCACUUCCUAGCGCCUUCCUGGACAGGCUGCUCUCCGCAGCCCUCAUGGAGGAUGCUGAGAUUCGCCUCUUUGUCCUUGAGAUCCUCAUCAGCUUCAUUGAUCGCCACGACAACCGGCAGAAGUUCUCUACCAUCAGCACCAUCAGCGACAUCUCAGUCCUGAAGCUGAAAGUGGAAAAAUGCUCGCGCCAAGAUACUGUCUUCAUGAAGAAGCAUAGCCAGCAGCUCUUCCGGCACAUCUACCUGAUAUGCAAGGAGGAGAGCAACAUCCAGGCUCACUACGAGGCUCUCUACAGCAUGCUGGUGCUCAUCAGCAUUGAGCUGGCUAAUGAGGAGGUUGUGGUGGACCUCAUCCGCCUGGUGCUAGCAGUGCAGGAGAUAGCCCAGAUCAACGAAGACAACUUGACGGCAUACAACCGCUGUGCACUCUUCGCCCUUGGUGCAGCUUACCUGAACCUCAUCAGCCAGCUCAUCACCGUGCCCACCUUCUGCCAGCACAUCCACGAGGUUAUCCAGACGCGACAGAAGGAAGCUCCCUAUUUGCUUCCUGAAGAUGUGUUUGUGGAGAGGCCCAGGUUAAGCAAGAGCCUUGACCGCCUGGGCCCGGAGGUCUUCUUCUGGCAGAGCAAGAUCAGUGAAGUGCUGGGUGGCAGCGGCUACAAUGCAGACCGGCUCAGCACACCCUAUGUCCCCCAGCUGACCGAUGAAGACCGCUUGUCCAAGAGGAAGAGCAUUGGCGAGACCAUUUCCCUGCAGGUCGAAGUGGAGUCUAGAAACAGUCCUGAGCGAGAACAGAGAGCACCAGCCGAAGAGAUCACAUAUGAGACACUGAAGAAGGCAAUAGUAGACAGUGUCGCCGUGGAGGAGCAAGAGCGAGAGCGGAGGAGACAAGUGGUGGAGAAAUUUCAGAAAGCCCCGUUUGAGGAGAUCGCCGCUCACUGUGGCGCCCGGGCGACGCUGCUGCAGAGCAAGCUCAACCAGAUCUUUGAGAUCACCAUACGGCCACCACCAAGCCCAUCAGGCACCAUCACAGCUGCCUACGGCCAGCCCCAAAACCACUCCAUCCCAGUGUAUGAGAUGAAGUUCCCGGACCUGUGUGUGUACUGAGGAUGGCUGUGCUGGUAGGACAGAGCCUCUGCUGCACAGCUUGUGCCAAAGGACCUGCUGGGGAGAAGAGACUGCCAACCACCUGGAGAGUGCAUCCUCGUGCAUGACAGAUAGGGACGUGGACACUAAGACUACCCCAAGAUUCAUUGGCACCACAAACCUGUCUCAUGAACUUUCUUUAGUGAUCCCCUGCCAGUAUUUUGGGGGCGUUUGGUGGUGCAGGAGGGUGUGUCAUUGCUCUGACCUCCCUCUCCAAUUUUGUUUUUGGGGAGGGGAUAGGAGAUGCUCUGGUUCCUGUCAGAGAGCUUUGGGUGUGUACAUCUUCCCAAUGUAAAUCAAAGCUGUUCCUUGGGGAAUCCCUCCCCAGAUCAUCUGUUAGCCGUGUUGAGAGCCCCUGGCGAGGGUGCAGGGGUGAAGCUGAAGGGUGUGAGAUUGUAAAAGGGGAUGUGCGGUGCAGAGUGCCGGAGCCUGGGGGCAGCUGUGGAACAAAAUCCUGCCAGAGCUCAUGCACAGAGCAGGUCACUGGAAAGGGUGCAGUCCAUACAUCCAGCUCCUGGCCUGUGAGCUGCAUCUUCCCAGCAGCUGCCCCAGUGCUUGGCCAGUUCUUCGGGUACUUCACUCGGGACAAGAGGAUUGCCUGGAGUGCCAGGAGGGCAGCAAUUGUCCCAUUCCAGUGUUGGGAUACACAGCAACCUGGCUGGUUCCAGCUCACUUGAAAACAUGAUUUAUUUGGGAAAACUUUUUUGGAGGAGGAGGAGGAGGAAGGGAGAUCCACAAGAGCUAUGCUUGACUUGUCUGUGUCAUCAGCAGGGUGCUCUUGGGAAGCCCAUCCAGCAGCCACAGCCAGUGCUUGUACAGUGAGGCACCUGGAGCAACCGUGAGUCAUGAAUAGGAACCACAUUUGGGCAUACCAGCACACUGAGCAACUAUUUUCGUGUUUUCAGUUUGGGAUUUCACAGUGUUAGCAUUCCUGUCUGAAGAAAAGAUUUAUUUUUUAACAGAAUCCUUUUGGAAGAAGUCCAAUCUUAAAUCAGAAGAGCCCUAACUGCGAGGAACCCCAGUGCUGCUAGAAGCUUGCUGCAAUGAGAGGUGUUUUAUGGGGUCCAACCUUCAGAGCCUGCAUCUGGCAGGCCGUGGAUCAAAUCUGUGCUUGUGUGAUAGGAUGAAACUGGGUUUGGACUGGGGGAUGUGUGGCUGUUGAGAGUUUUUUAGCCGUAUGUGGUAGAAAACACAUUUUUGGGAGAACUUGGGAUCCUUUUGGGCCCUACUGAGUCAAAAAUUGCGAGGUGAAGAUAGCAGGGAUGGGGAGGAAAAGAUUACUCGGGGAUAUUGGGUUGCUCACCGGGUCUCUCUUGCUCCCAAAUGCCUUCCAAGCCUUGGUGCACUAUGGCUGCCCGCGGGGUUCUCCAUACAGCUUCUGCUGUGGACAGACAGCUUUGGGCUGAGCCAAGCACGUUGCCUCCUGCAUCAGGGCUGCUGUGAAAUCCUGUGUCACCCCAGGGCCAGCCCCUUUCCUUCCAGCUGGACACGUUGCCUCUGACUUCACUGCAGGAGGAGACACAGGAGGAUCUAAAACUCAAAACUGGAGGUGUGGCAGAUGCUGCUGCGUGCGGCAGGGGGACAGCAGGUAAACCCAGUGGACGCAGCGGUGCUGCCUGUGCUCAGCUGGAUUGCUUCAGCGACCACUCACUUCUCUGCCCCUUCUCACUGUAGCUCUUCAGGCAGUUAUUUGAAGGUGUAAUUACACGUUAACAUCCUUCUCUUUUCAAUCUCUCUCUUUUUUUUUUUUUUUAAUUUGGUGGCGGGUGCAGUUUGCGAUUGCCCCGAGGUUACCGCUUGUUUGUGUGGUUGUCAUGUAAUCCGGGUUUAGGAAAUGACCUAGCUUAAGAGGACAGGAAAAAACAAGGGUUUAUUUCAGUCUUGGGCUGGGAUUGCAGCAUGGCUCUGCUUCUGCCCAGGGCCACCAGCUAUCCCUUGCCACAGCCAGUGUUUGGCAGUCCCCCCCAUAUUUCUGUUCCCAGCCUGUCCCUUUUUGUUCCCUUAAUUAUGCCUAGUCCCCCUGGGGCUUUGUCAGGGCGAAGUUUUGGAGCUGGUGUUGAGAACAGGAGGAGGCUGCUUAACAAAGGAGGGUUUGCUCCCAUGGCUGUGCUAAUGAAAAGCAGUAAAAGUUUAGUGGAAUGCAGUAGGAAAAGCAGUUAACUCCCAGAUCGUGUGUGCAUGGGGGGAAGACCCCUCCAAACCACUUGAAACUCACAAGGAAGGUGGGAAGAUGAGCACAAGGCUUGCUCCUUGGAACCUGGCUGCCAUGGGGAUGGCACAGGGCACGUCCUGGGGUUCCAACACUGCUUGGGGAUCCUGGGGCAGGACUGCACCUUAUCCCAUGGCUGGGGGUUUCGGUGUGGUCUCCCUGCUCCCAGUGCUGUUCCCUUGCUAUGUCCCCCAGCACAUCCCCUGUUCCCCUCCAAAAGCAGGUGCUGGCUGUGCUCAGCGUUGCAUUUCAGGACCCAAACUCCACCUGUAAAUGUCCCUACACACACACACACACACGCAGCGUAAGUGACUUGUUUGUACAUCCCGUUUAGUUUAGAUACUGGUGUAUGUAUAGAUGACAAAGUAUAUUUCUAUCAACUUGGCAGUUAGGUGCAUGUGUGCGUUUCCAUCUCUGUAUUUCGGGGCACUGUGUCGUUUCCGUGCGUAGCCGAGGGCAGGAGGGGAGUGGGCUGUGAAAGGGCCGAGAUGCCAUCGGUAUUUCCAGACGCACCCUCCAAUAAAUGUUGAUGUUGCCACUUUA